GCCGGUUUUAGCAUGGGUUUUCCUAAGAGCGUUGUGGCUGGGAUUGUUGUGGCGUUGCUGCGGUUGUCUGAUGCGGCUGUUUACAAGGUUGGGGACGCCGGUGGUUGGACCUCCAUUGGGAACCUUGAUUACAAGCAAUGGGCUACUACUAAGACCUUUCAACUUGGUGACAUUAUUCAUUUUGAGUACAAUGCUCAGUUUCACAAUGUGAUGCGAGUAACACAUUCGAUGUACAAGGCCUGCAAUGCCUCAGCUCCUUUGGCCACCUAUGCUACCGGCAAUGACACCAUUAACAUAACCGCAAAGGGUCACCACUACUUUAUUUGUGGCGUUCCCGGACACUGUCAAUCCGGACAGAAAGUCGACAUCAACGUGCUCCGUGAAUCCGAAACAGCUGCAACUCCCUCGGGAAUGUCCCCUGCAUCUGCUUCGAUUCCUUCGGCCGGUGGGCCUGUGUCUUCACCGAGCGGUGCCAUCUCCUUGAAAGGUUCUUCCAAGGGGAGUCUUACCAACCUUUGUUUAGCAAUGGCUGCUUCUGCAGUUUUUGUGUCAGUUUUUCCCUGAAUAAUUUUGGUUUCUUUUUGUUAUACUGCAGAGACAUGUAUUUUCAUGGAAUACUCUAAUAAUGGUAUAA